ACUUCUUUUCUUCUUCAUUUCUUUGCCAAUAACAACACUGAUCAACGAAACAGUAAAUAAACAAACAAAAGAUUGAUUCUCAGUAUGCAAAACAAGGGUGAAGUACUCUUUUCAAACUGUUCAAAGGCUUUCAAAAGCUUAGUUAGAAGAAAACAAGUUGAUUCAGUCCAUGUCAGGAGAGAAGGUCACCAAUUAGCCAGGAAACUUACUGCUCUUGACCUCACUGCCAUUGGAGUUGGGACAACCAUUGGCGCCGGCGUAUAUGUUCUUGUCGGAACGGUUGCUAGAGAGCACACGGGACCUGCUCUUACUGUUUCAUUUCUCAUUGCCGGUCUAGCUGCUGCGUUAUCGGCUUUCUGUUAUGCAGAGCUCGCUAGUCGUUGCCCAUCUGCCGGGAGUGCAUAUCAUUAUGCAUAUAUAUGCAUAGGGGAAAGUGUUGCUUGGUUGAUCGGUUGGUCUUUGAUUCUGGAAUACACAAUUGGCGGUUCAGCUAUUGCUCGUGGCAUAUCCCCUAAUCUAGCCUUAUUUUUUGGGGGUGAAGAUAAGCUACCUGCCUUUUUGGUUCGUCACGCUAUCCCUCAGCUUGGCGUCGUGGUGGAUCCAUGUGCAGCAGUUUUAGUUCUUAUGGUUACCGCUCUUCUGUGUGCUGGAAUCAAAGAGAGUUCACUGGUACAAACCAUUGUUACAACGCUGAACGUGUGCGCCAUGCUUUUCAUUAUAAUAGCUGGUGGCUAUUUGGCUUGCAAGACUGGGUGGGCCGGUUAUGAACUUCGUGACGGGUUUUUCCCCUUCAGUGUAAAUGGGAUGCUUGCAGGAUCUGCUAUUGUGUUUUUUUCAUACAUAGGUUUCGAUGCAGUUACCGGUGCAGCUGAAGAGGCGAAAAGACCUUUACGAGAUUUACCCGUGGGCAUAGGGAUGACAUUGACACUAUGUUGUAUUUUGUACAUGCUCGUAUCAGUUGUUAUUGUCGGCUUAGUUCCAUACUUUUCAUUGAAUCCAGACACUCCUAUCUCCUCAGCUUUUUCUGCCAACGGAAUGCAGUGGGCAGCGUACAUAGUCACGGCUGGGGCAGUUACCGCUCUCUGUGCAAGUUUGAUGGGUUCACUUCUUCCUCAGCCACGGCUCUUGAUGGCGAUGGCCAGGGAUGGAUUAGUACCCUCGUUCUUUUCCGACAUCAAUACGAGUACUCAAGUUCCUGUAAAGAGCACAGUGACAGCUGGUAUGCUAGCUGCAGUGUUGGCUUUAUUUAUGGAUGUUUCGGAAUUAUCGGGGAUGGUUAGUGUUGGUACUCUGCUUGCAUUCACUGUUGUUGCAAUUUCGAUCUUAAUACUCAGAUAUGCUCCUCCAGAUGAGGUGCCACUUCCAUCAUCGCUUCAACAGUUUAUUGAUUCGGUGAGAAAGCAGCUUGAUGAUGAUAGUAAGGCAAUAGAACGAAAGGAAUAUAAUGAUGACGAUAUUGUUGAGCAAAGUCCGCAUCUGUCGGAGCCUGGGGAGGCUUCAAUUCAAUUUCCACUUAUUGAAAAACAAUUCACUGCAGAUAAAAAAUGUCAACGCAAACGGAGGAAAAUUGCAGUGUGGAAUAUAGCUCUUUUCUGCAUAGGUGUUCUCAUUCUUACAUCGGCAGCUUCCGCUGAUUAUCUUCCUAGCCUUGUUCGUUUCAGCGUGGGCGCUGUUGGUGCAGCGAUUCUGUUGUGCAGUUUGAUAGUUCUUGCAUGUCUAAAACAGGACGAAGCUAGGCACAGCUUCGGGCACACAGGAGGUUUCCUCUGCCCAUUUGUUCCGUUUUUACCGGCAGCGUGUAUUCUGAUCAAUGUAUAUUUACUAAUUAGUCUGGGCGUCGGCACAUGGAUCCGUGUUUCGGUGUGGUUGAUAAUCGGGAUAUCGGUGUAUGUAUUUUAUGGAUGGAGGCACAGCUCCCUUAGGACAGCAGUGUAUGUUCCGAUGGAGUAUCUGGACCACAUUUACUGCGCAUCAUCGAGCCAUCACGUUCAAACUCUGAAUUUGGGUAGCCAUUGAUUGGCUUCAAGCAUCUGCUGGUUUUUUUUCAAACAAAGAUGAUUCUUUAACACAAUGUUCUGAACCACUGUGUAUAGUGAUGAAACAGAAUGC